UCAUGGUCCUUCGAAGCCGUCCACUGAGACAACCAGAGACAACCAUCGAUUGAGGUAAAUCCCAUCUACAUUGACAUACAUACAUAGUUGUGUGCCAUCGUUUCGGUCAAAAUGAGUGCCCAAAACCUCUACAAGUGCAUGUUGUGCAAAAAACGCCAUGCCCUCAGAUACUGCCCAAUUUUCAUCCAGAUGACGGUGGAGGACAGGAGGGUAGUAGUUCGACAGCACAACUACUGCCGAAAUUGUCUGGCGAAAAGCCACACAAUUGAUGACUGCCAGUCGGCAGAUACUUGUCGAAAAUGUGGGUUUCGGCAUCACACCAUGCUGCACCCACGAAAACUCACCUUCAACUCCAGCAGCUCUACCAUCACCACCAAAUCGACCUCAUCAAGACAACAACCCCAAAAGAAACCACCAACUUUAGCACGGCCUCGACGACAACAAUCAACAUCAACUCCGGCCCAACGCAAACAACCAGCUAAAUCACGCCUUGGCCAACGUCAACACACAGCCUCAGCUGGUCAACAACAGCGACAACCCAAAAAACGCUACAGGUCUCAGAGUUAA